UGAGGGGACAUAGUUGUGGAUUCCCGUCAGAGUGGUCUCAGGUACUGGGUGAAUGGAUGGGCGCCUGGGCGGCGGGACAUAUGUCUUCUGUUUUUCAAUGGUUGCAUAGAAAUUUAAAUCCGCGGAAAGGGCGCGGUGUGUUAGUGAGUAUCAGUGCUCUGAGCCGAGGAUGUAGCAGCCGGCGCCCUUCCCCACCCACCGGUAGGGAGAAAUGGGAGGACCCAGUGGUGCCCAUUAACCCACAGCCUUUCUCAGUCUUUGCGAUGACUACACUUUGGAAAGAUAUUUUGCAAAAUGUGCAACUCAUUCAGUAUGUGGCUCCCAUUGCAAUAGACAGAGCACUACUUGAAGGUGUUCUAAUGAGGACUAAAGAUGACCCCAAUGCUUCUGAUGUUGUGAAUUUUGCACCUUUUACACUGUUCCCGUCUCCAGUAUCAAAAAGUCUGCUUGAGCAAGCCUAUUCCAUUCAACAGGACUUUAAUCUACUAGUGGAUAAAGUUAGUCAGGAUACAGAAUUCCUAGAGUGCACUCUUGCCAGUAUCAUUAAAGUGGAUGACUUUACAGCUCAACUGUUUAAAAUUUACAAGCAGGUUUUGGAUGAAGGAAUUGCUCAGUCAUUGGUUUUAGGAAUCAAUCGCUCUGAUUACAUGUUUGACUAUGGUGCAGAUGGUUCUCCAGCUCUAAAACAAGUAGAGAUAAAUACCAUUGCUGCAAGUUUUGGAGGCCUCACAUCUCGAACCACUACAGUACACCGGCAUGUGCUGAAUGUUUUGGGGAAAUCAAAGGAAGCCUCCAAACUGCUUUCCAAUAAUCCAUCAAAUGGAAUUGCUAUGGGCAUUGCAAAAGCUUGGGAACUCUACGGCUCAGAUAGAGCAGUGGUGAUGUUUCUGGUUGAAGAGGCUCAGAAAAAUAUUUUUGACCAACGUUGUAUAGAAAAUGAAUUAUGGAUAAGGAAUAUCAAGGUGAUCCGAAAAAGUUUUAAAGAUGUGUUUGAAAAUGCAUCCUUGGACAGUGAAAAGAGACUGUAUAUAGAUGGGGAGGAAGUAGCAGUGGUAUAUUACAGGGAAGGCUAUAUGCCAAGAAGUUACAAUGAACAGAACUGGGAAGCACGGUUAUUACUGGAAAAGUCCAAAGCAGUUAAGUGUCCUGAUAUAGCUACACAGCUGGUUGGAACCAAAAAAGUUCAGCAGGAACUCAGCCGACCAGGAGUCCUGGAAAGAUUCUUGCCAAAUGAACCAGAAGCAGUGGCUCGAUUGAGAGCAACAUUCACAGGUCUCUACUCUUUGGAAAUGGAUGAAGAGGGUGAUAAGAUGGUUGCCAUUGCUAUUGCUGACCCAGAUCGAUUUGUGUUAAAACCACAAAGGGAAGGAGGAGGGAAUAAUCUCUAUGGAGAUGAGCUCAAACAAGUUCUGGAGAAAAUUAAGGACAGUUCUGAGAGGACUUCUUAUAUUCUCAUGGAUAAGAUAAAGGCUCUCCCAACACUAAAUUACUUAUUGAGGGCUCAUUGUCCACUGAAAAUAUCAGAAUGUGUGUCUGAAUUGGGAAUCUUUGGAGUCUAUAUCAGACAUGGUCAGAAGUUUGUGGUGAACAAGCAUGUGGGUCAUCUCUUGAGAACAAAGGCUAUGGAACAUGCAGAUGGUGGAGUGGCAGCUGGUGUAGCUGUCUUGGAUACUCCCUAUGUGAUAUAAAAAAGGACACAUUUUUUAAGGCAUGAUUGCGAAAUAGCAGACUUCAUAAUCAAACUUAUAACAAUUCUGUUUAAUAAUUUGCAGUCCUACUCAGAAAAUAGAGGAUUCUAAAUUACCUACAUUGAAAUUUUCUGAUGCACGUCAUGGACGUACUGUGCUUUUAAAAAUCAUGGUCAACUGGUUGAUAAGCAUCUCCUAAAAGAGCAUGUGGAUUUCUGAUAGCAGAAAAUAUUCUUGAUAACUUUCUACAUAUUCAAAAUGUAAUUCCAUUUUUCUCAGAGUAGCAUUAAGGAAUGAAAUUCUUCCAGAAUUACAGUCUUUUGGGAAACUUCCUGUUUCACUCUGUUUCUGCCUAAAAAUGACCUGAGAACACAUAAGAAUCAUGUAUCCAUGUUGGUUUUUAUGGUGCUUUGGAUGAGCUCCUUUAAAAGAUGCACAAACACUAGCAUUGGAUAAAGGGACAUAAUAAAAAUUUCAGUUUCAGUGAUUCUCUGCAGCCAUCUGUAUUUUAUAAAGCAACAAACCUAAGAAAAAGGUGAAAGAUGUGUUUAGUAGGAAAUUAUUUCAAAACCAACUCUUAACAUGCAAAACUUCUAUAGCAGCCAGGUUUACUAGAACUAAUUUGAGCUAAAAAUAGUAGUGAAACUCAUCAGUUCUAUUUCAUGUCUGAGUAAAUGAUAGGUGAUUACAAAAAAAUGUGUCAAUACUUCUUGAAAAAGAAAGCAAAUGUGUAAUAUAUUUAGAAAUCAGAUCUACUAAUUUAAGGAACAUAUAUAUUAAUAUAGUUAUUUUUUUAAAACUCAGAUUCUUAAAUCUCCAAAAGCUGUGAAACAAUAGAAUUUGUUGUUGCAGAAAACUGAAUGUUCUUCUUGUAAUAGCACUGACGGUAUAAUAUCUUUUCAGCCUUUCAUACCUUUAUCACUUUGCUUUAAAAAGAUGGUAUCCCUAUAUGUCUCUGUUGUUCAAGAGCACUGUCUCACUUUACACAUAGAUAUCUUGACUACAGCCUUAACGCAUUUUAGAGGACAGGCUUAGAGAAUUAAUGGAGCUAUAUGAGGACAUAAGUAUUAAGAAUCAGUAGAAUAAUUUUCUAAAUAAUAUACUUGAUAUCGAUUGGAAAUUAUUCUGAAAAAUAACCGGUGACAAUUGUGUCUGCCACCCCCACUUUUCCUCCUAAGAUUAAGACCAGGGGGUACCUUGUUGAUAAAAGUUGACUGCAAGAAAGGUCGAUACCACAACAAGGAUAUGCAUUGCUUUGGAUUCAAAGGCAAAAACAUGCCCUCGGGGCACAGGGACAUUUACACAACACAGCUUUGCAAUUUUUUAAAGCAGCCACCUCUUCUUGGGAUUGCAUGGUUGAUGUCUGCAAUUGCAGCACACUCCUAGAAAAAGAUGUACUUCGUUUAGGGAGAAGCAGCCAGGUGCUGGUACAUCCUCCAAAUCACCUGUUUGCCUUUGAAUCCAAAGCAAUGUACAGCCCUGAUAAUGAGUCCCAAUUUGAAAACAGGUAGUCCUCGACCCACAAUAGUUUGUUUAAUGAUCGUUCAAACUUACAA